AUGAAUAAUACAGUGAAUGAAACAGCUUCGACAGUACCGCCGUUUCUGCCAUCAAACGAUUCCUUGGAAGAAGUCAGAAUCGGGCAGAUAGUGCUGAAGAUAAUCUAUGCUACAUUCGGCUGCCUGGGUAUCAUUGGAAACCUGCUCGUUUGCGUGGUGUUCAUAAAAAUCAAAAACAUGCAGAAGACGUAUACAAACGUCUUUAUCUUCAACCAGUCCUUGAUAGACUUAAGCAGUUCCGUCAUAUUUGUCACGUUGAAAUUCGGUCCCGUAUACGAAGUGACGCCGAACAGUACCUCUGGCGAACUGUUCUGUAAAGUGUGGAGCUCAGAGUACAUACUCUGGGGUUUGUUCAUUUCAUCCACCUUCAACUUGUCGUUCUUAUCGCUUGAAAGGUAUCUGGCUAUUUGUCAUCCCGUACUGCAUCGAAAUAAGGUGACCUUGACGAAAGUGAAAAUCAUUACUAUCAUCACCUGGUUUAUUGGUUUUAUACGUGAAUCGUACUGGCCAACGAUGAAUUUCAACGAGGGCGGCGUAUGUAGUGUAAAAGAAUGGCCUAACAGCAACAUGCAGAUACUGGUCGGGUGUAUUGUCUUCACCACGGAGUAUAUUCUCCCACUCACAAUCAUGGCGUUCUCAUAUGGUAACAUAAUUAGAAAGUUGAGACGUCGAACAAAGCAUAUUAAAAUUCAACCAGCUGCUGUCAGUGGACAUUGCCCGGCACUACCAAACCAGCCUACACUCCAACUGCAAAAUCAAAUUAGAGAUCAAUCAACCAUUCAAGCUGCAGUCUUAAACAACACAUCUAAAGAAGAUUCGAUGGGAAGGGCUCCGAAGAAUGUGACAAAGGCAAUGAUAAUCGUGCAUGUUACGUUUAUAAUAUGUUGGUCACCAAUGUCCAUAUCAUUUUUUGUUUACAACCUUGGUGGGCCCCUUGAUUACGAUGCAUUUUAUUAUUGGGCGAUGGUUGUCAUGGUGUUCCUUAACAUGUGCGUGAAUCCCUUUAUAUACGCAAUUAAAUACAAGCAGUUCCGAGAUGGGGUGAAAACAGUGUUUCGCUGCAAUGACAAUAGACUAAGUAAUAUAGAGUAA